AUGGUCAUGACAGAGCCGGAGACUUGGCCACGGGCAGCGCCGCCAGUUGCUCUACCAGCGUCGGCGAAUACCGUGACUGUGCGGGCGAUUGACACGGAGAGCAAGCUGCUCUGCAACGCCGAUGCAUUUGUCCAGCCCGCCAUAGCGGGCCAUGAGCUGCUCAAUUUCACAACCAUGUGUUUCCUUAUUGAGCACGAACGAGACGCCGGUACAGACUACGUCUUGUUUGACUGUGGUCUUCGCAAAGACUUUUGGAAUACCACGCCGGACAUCCAGCGUAAAAUCGGCAUGUUUGUUCCCGGGAUGGACGUUCGGCGCAGUGUCGACGAAAUUCUCACGGAAUCGGGGUUCAACUUGCCUGAUCUGAAGGCCAUGGUCUGGAGCCACUGGCACUGGGAUCACAUUGGCGAUGGAGCCAAGUAUCCUUCCGAGACGGACAUUGUGGUCGGGCCGGGAUUCACAAAGGAAUUCGUACCAGGCUGGCCGGAAGACCCGAAUGGACGGGUUCCAUCCAGCUCGCUCGAAGGACAUCGCAUUCAUGAGCCGGAUUUUCCGUUGGAGGUGGGAGGGUUUCCCGCCCAUGACUACUUUGGCGACGGGUCUUUUUACCUGCUCGAUGUACCUGGCCAUGCGGUCGGGCACAUUUGCGGGCUCGCCCGCACCACGCCAGACACAUUCAUCUUCAUGGGCGGCGACUGCUCGCACUAUGCCGGCAUGAUCCGGCCCACCGAGUACGUUUCCCUGCCCGACCACAUCCCGGCUGGCCAGCUCGACGCGCACUUCCCGCCCUCCUGCCCGUGCUCCGCCUUCACGGCGCUCCAUCCGAUGGCGAGCCGCGACGGCGACGACCACGCGAAGCAGCGAUCCGCCGCCCGGUCCAACGCUUUCUACGACGUGGCGCGCAACCCGCACGGGGCGUACGAGUUUGGCGAUCUGGCGCAGAGCAGCGUGGACAAGGUCAAGAUCCUGGAUGCCCAGGAAAAUGUGCUCGUCUGCCUCGCUCACGACGGCGCUCUCAUGGAGGUCUUGCCGCUGUACAAUGACAAUGUCAAGGCGGAUGUUAAUGAUUGGAAGGAACGUGGGUAUAAAGAAAAGACGCGGUGGGGGUUCUUGAAUGAGCUUCCGAGAGAUGGGAAGCCCGGUCGGCCGCCUUUGACUGUAGGGCUGUGGCGAGAUGGGAACGAAAUGGUCUGGAAGGACGGAGAGGGCUUGGUAGAACUGAGCUCCUAG